CUGCGGAUCUGUGACACCAUGCAGAAGGAGCACCUCCUGAAGUACCAGUACCAGCCUUUCUCUGGGAAGAUCAAGGACAUUGCUUGGACGGAAGACAGUAAGAGGAUCGCCGUGGUCGGGGAAGGAAGUGAGAUGUUUGGAGCCGUCUUCCUGUGGGACAGUGGCUCUUCUGUGGGCGAGAUCACGGGACACAACAAAGUCAUCAACAGCAUGGACAUCAAGCAGACCAGGCCAUACUGGCUGGUGACAGGCAGUGAAGUUAACUGUGCCGCCUUCUUUGAGGGGCCACCAUUCAAAUUCAAGUUUACCAUUGGCGUAAGUGGACUUCUCUCUGGAGGGUGGCUUUGGGUGAACUUUGUGGUUUGUAGUUGAAGC